UUCGACCCUUUUUCUCUCUAACACCUCCCUCUAUAAAAAUCCCUUCAUUGCAUUCCAUUUUUUCACAAAGCAAGAGAAGAAAGAAACAAAAAAAUGGCAAAGGCUGUUGCUCUCGUCUCUGCUUUAUGCAUCUUAGCCUUUGCCACUGUUGCUCACUGCCAUGCACCAGAAGUAUUCGAUGUCGAAGGUUAUGUGUACUGCGAUCCAUGCCGCGUCCAAUUCGAGACCAAACUCAGCCACAAAAUUGCCGGUGCGACUUUGAAGUUGGAAUGCAGUGAUCCAAUAACUCGGAAUGUGACGUACUCAAUCGAGGGUGUAACAGAUAGCAAUGGACACUACAAGCUGAAGGUAAAAGGAGAUUACGGGGACAACAUCUGUGAGGUGACUCUAAACAAGAGUCCCGAAGCUGAGUGCAAUGUGCCAAUGGUUGGCCAACAAACAUCAAGGAUUGUAUGUACUGAAAAUAGUGGAAUGCACGACUCUGUACGUUAUGCAAAUGCAUUAGGGUUCAUGACCAAAGACUCAAUCUCGGGCUGCAAAGAGGUUCUUGAUGAAUUGGGUCUCGCCCCAAAGGAUUUGGAUCUUUGAAUUUAAGAUUAUUAAAGCUUUUGCCAUCGAAUAGGAGGAGGAUAUUAUGAAUAACUGAUGGCUUCUCCUGCAUUGUUUCUAUCCCACCCCAACCAAAUAUUGUAAUAUGACAAGUUUUUUUAUGCAAUAGUAUGGUGGAAUUGCAAUAUCUUUCUCUUCUCUUCUUCCAAUAAUUAAUAUUAAAUUAUA